AUGAAGAAGAACAAUCCACAGAUUGUGAAGAGGUCUAGGGUUAAGAGACGUGACGAAGAAGGUGAUGAAAAUCUCUAUGAAAAUUUAAUCAUAGAGAUUCUCAUUAAACUGCCACUUAAAUCCGUAGCCAGACCCAUCCCAGUUUCAAAACUUUGGUAUUAUACAAUCCGCGGGAAAUGUUUCAAAGAUUUGUUCUGGACUAGAUCCUUGACUCGUCCAUGUUUUCUGAUCGCGUUCCGCUGUGACGAAGACUGGUUCUUUCACACAGCCUCUCAUGAACCACAGUCUUCUCUUCAUAGUACUACAAGUACUAUUCUGAAUAAAGAUCAUCGAAUAUCUCAACCGAUCCGCGGGUUGAUCUGCGCUCUAAAGGCUUCCAAGAUGGUUAUCUGCAACCCUUGCACAGGCCAAGUGGCAGCUUUACCUAAUGUCAAAAUUUGGAGAAGAAGCAUAUCAACUUUUUUGGGAUAUGAUUCUGUUGAACAUGUACACAAAAUUUUGUGCAUGACGGUACUCAAUGUUUCACAAGACCACGAAGCAGUUGUGUCGGAGGAGCAUCAGGUUUUAACGUUAGGAGAUCAAAAGAAAAGAUGGAGAAAGAUCGAAUGUCAACAUCCACAUUGUCCUGCAACUAAAGGGUUGUUCAUAAAUGGGGUUAUUUAUUAUGUUGUCUUGUUGAAACAUUUGAUCACCUAUUUGUGUUGUCUUGUUGAGUUAUGA